CGCGCAUGGCUACCUAGCAGUUCAGUUCUUCCUCUCUCGCUCCGCUGCAAUAGUGAUUGUUAAGAGUCGCUCUCCUAGAAUUAGCAGGGACAAAUCACGGUUGUUCAAUAGCCUAACAAUUUCUUGACGGUGUUUAUAAUAACAGCAAUAGGAGUGUACAUAAACUCGCGGUGCAGUGCAAGUUCUGUAACAGUAAUUGUGCGGGGUAAACUGUUCAAAGUGCUCUCGUGACAUUCCACAACAUCACCCAGGAGGUUGUCGAAGAAAUGGAAAACACAGUUCGUUCAACUAGAGCAGGACCUGCCAACACAAUCGCAGCAGCCAAAUUAACAACGGAAGUGGCAGAUACAACAGCUAAAAUCAUUUCGUCAACUUCAUGAACUGCUACAGCAGGUUUCGGCGACUGGCUUUGCUGGCGUUCAGCCCGACCGGAAGGCACAAGGACAACCAGAGGAUUCAGGCGCAAUGGCAACCGGCCGGGUGGAACUCUCAGCAAUGGCAAUUGAAUCGCAAAUUCACAGUUUGUGGGAGACGCUGCAGGCAACCACCACUAGCCUUGCAGCCUGUGAUCGCCUCAUGCAGGAAUAUCACGAGAGGCGAUCUAAAAACGCCUCCACUCAAACGGAGUUUAUUCACAACGAUCUUCACUCCGGCGGUCGUCCACAUGUGUGUCCACACUGCAGCACUCCCAUAUUGCCCCUGAAGAUUGUCCCAGGAGUGGACCCAAGUCGUGAACAAAUUCACCAGCCGACACCUAAACGAAACGAAGGGGGCGAUCUUGGGCAAAUCCUCGAACCAAUAGUCGAACGUAAAUCCGUGUAUUGUUGUGGAUGUGAAGAAAUAAGUGACAGUCGCGAGAAAAGUGAAGACGCCGAUUCAAUGCCUCCUGGACACCACUUGUUGGAAGACAAAAGACAUUUUCGUGAGAUAAUGGGCAAGUCAGAAGCUAAAGAAACGGAUAUGUUUCGAAAGAGUAAAGAGUCCGAAAAGUUUAGUGCAUCACGUAGAGAUUGUGCAACGUCUCCGUUUUUUUUCGAGCUGAGUAAACCUGUGGGGAUUUCGUCCAGCUGUCCUUCGUUUAGAGGUCUUGCGAGACCUGCCUCUGUUCGGAGAUUGAGCGACCAGCACUAUCAGCAUAUUUCUGAAGAUGUUAGAGCUACCUUCGGUACUCAGAUCCAUCCCCCGGGCGACAAGAAAACGAUGAGUAUUGUUACGACCCCACCCACUAACGCCCGCAAAAAACAAGACCUGAAUAAAGAUGCGGCAUUAAUCUCCAAACUUCCAAAAGGGGAUUCCCCGCAACUGGAGAAACCUCUCUGUUCUGAUACGUCGGUCAGUUCGAUCGUUCUCGAUUCUCCGCGAGAGAGUAGUCGUUCCGUGAACGAGUCUCCGUCGGCCGGCGCCAAAACGAAAGGCGGCGUGAGACGGUGGUUGAAGAAAAACGCGGCAGUGUUGCGAGGAACGAAAAGAACCGGUUCGCGAACCGACUCGCGGGAUGAGUCGCGUGAGAGUGAAUCGUUUCAACCGCGGGCGCUGUUGGAGGAAGUGCGAGCUGCCGUUCGGGAGGAGUUCCAGCUGAGGGAGGAUGGAAAGCAACCACAGCAAGAGUCCUCGGCAGCUAACGCUUUGAACUCGACGCUCGAGGUUCUCUGCAGGGAUUUGGAUUCGCAUCUAAGGCAGCCGCUCCUGCCAUCAAAACUAUAGCCGCCCCCAUUGCCUUGCCCAGCUUGUCUUUCAGCAAGAUCUGGUAACCGCCAACAGCCCCAAUGAACCCUCCACCGCUGACACAGACUCCUCCUGCGCUUCACCCGGCCGCCGCAAAGCAGCGCCACCGUCGCUCUCUACGUCAACAAGAAACGACCAUCGACAACACAACAUCGAUCAUGCUCGGUUUGCAACAAUCACGAGUGCCGAGUACAUCUGCGUUGAGAUGGAAGGACUAACUGAAGUCAACCUGCGCAAAUUACGAUUAAGUUCGUAUCGAAUGGAUUUCUUCUGAGAUUAAUUCGUAUUGCCAAAUCAUGCAGAAGGUCGAAAAUGACAAUACGUUGUCGAAAUUUGCAGACGUUGAAGAUGUACAACUCAUAUGUUGACUUCAUCAUUUCCUGCUCAGAAAAUUCGACAAGACCUUUUUGUUUUAAUAACUUUAAUACUGAAGUUACCUUUGGCAGUAUUCACCACAAUCAAAACUUUUUUCCAUCACAACGCAAUAUAAAUAAUUUUUAAUCAAGGACGGUGUGACGAUCAAAAGAAAUUACACAACGAACGGCGGCUUCAGGAGCUAGUCUACGGAACCCGAUGCCACUAUUCUUGUCUUUUAAUACUCACAAAGAAGAAUGCUUAUUUGCUCAACUUACGUUUUUUUAUUCAUAUUCAUUACAUAAGCUUCAUCAUUCUCACAUCAAUUUGCCAACGUUGGCUGUUGACCUUUCAGAACAUUUGCUAUUGGCAACAUUAACGCUUAUAAACCCUUUGCCACUGAAACAAUGCACCUGCAACUUCUGUAAGGGGAACUGCCAAUGGUACAAAUUCUAGACGCUUAUAUGCGCUGAGCAGAUAUUAAUUUUGCCAGGAUUCGAUUCAUUUCAUACUCAUGCGUAAGGUAUGGUUCUCCGAAACGUGUUUUUUUACUGCAUUCCAAAGGAUUUUGAAUGUAAAAUACGAGAGAAGUAAAUUUUAACUUCUGGAAACCUAAUGUCUGUCUUGAGUAUUACUGAUGUUCUUAGUUUAAAAAUUAUGUUGAACUACGUUAACCUCUUAGUUUAUUCAGAACUCAGGAACCACGUACUUAACCCACUCCAUGAUUCAUAUUCACGGUUUAAUGAAUACUUUAAUUAUGUAAUUCGGUUUUUCUACAUGAUCGAGUUGCAAAUGCUGAGAUCAUUAAUUGCAUCAGCAAUAGUCAAGGAGAAAACAUCACGUCAGAUAACUCUAGACAGACUGAAGGUAGGACUAGAUGCUCGACUUGUUGGCUGUCCAGACCUUGCCUGAUUGGCCUGGUGGGAAUGUUAUACGCCAACUCCUAAGAGAUUUGCCUUCGGAUGCAUUGCUCAUUUGGAAACCUGCUGAGCAUAGAAUAUAGAUGAUCGAAUCGUUAUCAGAGUGAUUCUUAAAAUCCUCCUUCAUUAAGUCGAAGGAUUUCGGAAGUUCAUUAAAAAAACGCGUCAUCAUAAGAAAACAAUCAAAAAUCUUUUCUUUUGGAAGCAGUAAUCCCUCAUCUCGCAAAAAGUUUCUUUCAAACGCAAUAUGUGGAUUUAGAUUCACGCGCAAUACUUGCGCAGGUACAAAUAAUCGUUUAUUAAUACAUUUACACUUCUUCCUAUUUCUCAGAGAUAGGAAAAUCAACUCUACGAUUUAUCGUGUAGACACCGAGACAAACGAUUUUCUCCAAAGUUGAAAAAUCAAUCCCGAACCAUAAAUAAUCGUACGAUCUAACGAACCAGGUAUACGCUGUAGCGGUCUGUGCUAGGAGCGUGGUAGAGAAGACAAAACCGGAACCGGAAGGAGUUAGGAGAUCGUUGGAGAGCUUAGCAACGGUUCUGUAGUUGCUGAAGUUGCCUCGUUGCCUGCUCCGAAGGAUGUGCUCAAUUCUUCGAUACCACUGUUGCGGGUCCAUGACAGCUACAUGUUGCCUGGGAUGUUAAUUCACUAUUUGCCUAACCUGCUCAGAGCAAUGUUUCUAUUGUGUUCAUAUCCCCUUCUUGUGCUCGCCAUUUUGUGCAAUUUCUGUUUACAUGCAAUGUAUCAUAUAUGUAGAUUUUUGUACUUUCGUAUGUUCGUUAAUAAAUGUGUAUAUUUUGCUG